AUGGGGUUCGGCCAGCUCGUCAUCGGCCCGCCCGGGAGCGGGAAGACGACGUACUGCAACGGGAUGGCGCACUACUUCUCCCUCACGAAUCGCCCGUGCGCGGUGAUCAACCUAGAUCCCGCGAACCACGACCCGCCGUACGACGCGGACGUCAGCGUGGAGGAGCUCAUCACGCUCGACGACGCGAUGCGAGAGUUCAACUUGGGUCCCAACGGCGCGAUGGUGUACUGCAUGGAGUACCUCGCGAAGAACCUCGACUGGCUCCGCGAGCGCGUCGCGCCGCUCGUCCGCGAGGGGCGCUACCUUCUCGUGGACUGCCCGGGACAGGUGGAGCUCUUCAACGCGCACGACGCGCUCAAGACCAUCGUCACCGAGCUCACGCGAAGUCGCGGCGGAAGCGAUUCGUACGACUUGCGUCUCUGCGUCGUGCACCUCGUGGACGCGCACUUGUGCGCGGACCCGACCAAGUACAUCGCUGCGCUGAUGCUGUCGCUGUCGAGCAUGCUGCACAUGGAGACGCCGCACGUCAACCUGUUGUCCAAGGUUGACCUCAUGGACAAGUACGGGGAGUUGGACUUCAACUUGGAGUACUACGCGGACGUGAUGGACUUGUCGUUCUUGGCGGACAGGAUACUGCGAGGGCCGUCGGGCUAUUCCAAGCUCACGCGCGGUCUGUGCGAGCUCGUGGAGGACUUCAGCCUCGUGAACUUCCUCCCGCUCGCGAUCGAGGACAAGACGAGCGUCCAGAGGGUCCUCGCGAUCGUGGACAAGAGCAUAGGCGCGGCGACCAUCCCGGGGCCGGACGGGACGACGCCGGGGAACGGGGAGGUGGACGAGCGGACGUUGAUAUCGCACCGCGCGGUGGGGAGCGAGUACGAGCGUAACUUCGAGGUCCAAGAGCGGUUUUUCAAGGAUCACGACUGA